UUUUUUUAUUCUAAUUGACGUCAUGGUAAUCCUUGAAGUGGUUGUCAGUCGGGAGCGAGGUAGCUUUACCUUUAUCACGCCCUUCAGUCCUAUGAACGACGUAGUUAUGAUCAAACAUGUUUCUUUCCUUUGUGAUACGAGCUCGGAAAUGGUCGUUUCACUCUAUAACUGUAUAUUAUCAACCUAAUAAUGCCUACCAGGCUGCCACCGUAUAAUUAAUAUUUGUCUUGGUGGACACAUGUUGCAAUAUCCUGUCAAGAACUGAGCCACUUUAGAGUUUCGUACCAAGAAAUGUUAUAAUUGAAAAACCAUUGCAUUUUCCUACAGUAAGUAGUGUUGUGUGAGCUCUGAAGAACACACUGCUGUUAGCGUGUCCCAUGUAUAUGAUGAUUAUAUUCCUUGGUGUGCACUUCAUCAAAAGAGAAGGACCGUACUUGUCUUCUUGGUAAGAGGUGGAUCGCGUGUGCAGGCGUUCAAUUCCACUGUUUAGUCACAUACCACAUGCAUCACAAGACGAAGUUACAAGAACAACAGUGAACAAUAAGAGUGUCAAAACAGACUCCUGAGUGGACACCACGAAGUACUCUACCUCUAUCAAAGGUUUUCUGCAAGUCAAAAAAUGAAAUUGUUCAAGAAAAUGAGGCGUGUCAAAUCAGAAGAGCUGUAUGUCCCACAGAAAGAAUUAGCCAUUUCCUCUCCCACCGGGGUGACACAUCCAAUACACAUCGUCAUCGACAAGGAGAAUAAUUGUUUAGAAGGUGUGCCUCCUGGCUGGAGAGAACAGAUGGACAUUGUAAUUGGUAAACGUGCCGUGAAAGACAAUCGUGAAGCUGCGCGAUCAAUGAUGUUUCUUCAAGCGAAAGGGAAUUCUGAAGCUCCAUUCUCAGCAGUGAUGUUCUUGAAAUCCUCAAUGCUCCAGCCAAUAACGGAUCCCACCAAUAAGCCAUCAGGUCCCUGGGAUAAGCAGAGCACAUCAAACGAUACAAAUAAUGGAGAAACUACGGGAAGGACAGUCACCAAAGGCGCUCCUACUAAAGACGUACUGAUCGAAGAAGAAACUGUUGUUCACGUGAUGGAAACCAGGGCAACCCCUCGGCCAGUCCUACAGCAAAUGGAGGAGCUGAACUCACGCAGUCCUGAGGUGGUUGAUGCAGCAAUGACGGAGUGAGGACAUGUGAAGAAUGCGAGGUCUUGUCCACAGAUUAACAAAACAGUGGAGGACGCCAUUCACGAGCCGGAAAGUGUUGUGUCAAAGGUGGUGAAUCCUGAAGACGCAAAUGAUCACUUUGGAAACUUAGGUCAUUAUCUCGUAUGUGGUCUGAAAUAUUGAAAGAUGAAAUACAGAACACGAUAACAAAGGUCGUGUUGCAGUCCCUCUCUACACACCCAGAUAUUGUAAAAAACACCGAUAUCUCGUUUCCUUUUCCUUACAACUCACAGCUUUCCGCAACACAAACACCGAGCCACACAAACUCGACUUACAGCCUUCCACCCACACUUUCUACUCACGAAGCCAUACACUCACCUGAACCAUUCCCACAAUUCCCUCGCUAAAACAUCGUAUCAGUCAUGUCCAUCUGUGUUUACAUCUCCCUUCCCUUAUCUCUUCUCUGAUCCCCAACAUUUCGAAGAAAUACUUACUGUUUGUAAGAGUAUGUGAAAUAUUAUUAUCACGCGAGUAAUAAAACAAUAUACUACUG